UGAGAAUAAGACCAUAGGCUGACUACACCAAACAUCUCAUGUUUUGAUGAAAACGAAAAGAGAGAAAGAAAAGCAUCAUUAUGUGUUCCUUCCUGUCAUGUCAUGGCAAUUUGUGAAAUGUGUUGUGAAUAAUAAUUGAAUGCUAUAUUUGGUGUGACUGUGUGAGUGUGAGAGAAGAGCACUCUUUCUUUUUUGUUGGGAGAGAGCGUUAUAGUUCCAAAAUAUUCCUCAACAAAACAAUCUUAGCCGUACACAUUAUUCCUUAGUUUAAUUUCACUCUCAACAAAGCUUUUUCUUUUUGUGUUGCUAUUUCUGAAACAUUUUCACAACUGAGGUAGUAGAAGGAGGAGGAAGAAAAUUAGAAAAAGGAAAGGAGAACUUAAAAAACAAAAAUGGUUUCUGAGAAUUCAUCUCUCUCUUCUAAACGCUCUCCAGCCACUACUCCUAAGUUCUGCAACUCAUUCACUACAAGAAUUUUUGCCGACGUUGCCGGUGACAUUACAAUUGUAGUUGAUGGAGAAUCAUUUUUGCUGCACAAGUUUCCCUUAAUGACUCUAAGUGGCAAGAUCCGAAAAAUGGUUGCUGAUGCCAAGGUUUCAACCGUUUCGAGCUUGGAACUCCUCAAUUUCCCAGGGGGACACCAAACAUUUGAACUAGCCAUGAAGUUUUGCUAUGGCAUGAAUUUUGAGAUCACUACAUUCAAUGUUACGAGGCUACGUUGCGCUGCUGAGUACCUUGAAAUGACAGAGGAAUACAAAGACCAAAACCUCAUCUCAAGAACAGAAUCUUAUCUGAAAGACAUUGUUUUUCAAGAUCUUCAGAAAUCAGUGGAAGUUUUAUCCACCUGUGAGAUGUUACCACCACUAGUGGAGCAGAUUGAAAUUCCAAGAAGGUGUGUGGAAUCCAUAGCAAUGAAUGCAUGCAAGGAGCAGCUAGCUUCCGGUUUAUCUCGGCUAGAGUGCGACGGCGAGUCCAGAGAGCUAAAGGAGGAUUGUGUCAUUGCAUGGUGGGUCGAGGAUCUAUCGGUCUUGCGCAUCGAUUUCUUCCAGCGAGUUAUAUGCGCCAUGGGGAGAAUGGGAGUUAGAUCAGAGAGCAUCAUGGCUUCACUUAUGCAUUAUGCUCAAUCGUCACUCAAGGGUAUUGGUAAAAGCCAGUUCUUGAAUCCUUCCAGGGCAAAUUCGAGUCCAACAACAAUGGAAUUGGACCAGAGGACUAUUGUGGAAACUCUUAUGAGUCUCAUGCCAGCAGAUAAAAACUCUUCAAUUCCACUGACAUUUAUGUUUGGAAUGUUGAAGAUGGCUAUCAUUUUGGGUGCAGCAAUUCCAUGUAGGCUUGAACUUGAAAGGAGGAUCUCAUUGAGGUUGGAAACCGUUUCGCUCGACGACCUUCUCAUACCGUCUCUGCAGAGUGGAGACUCCUUGUUUGAUGUUGAUACAGUUCACAGGUUGCUGGAGAAUUUUUUGCAGCGGAUUGAGGAGGAAGAAGCCGAUGAUUACGGAUAUGAUUCCGAUGGUUUCGGCUCAACUAGUAGCCAUGGUUCUUUGCUAAAAGUAGGGCAGCUUAUUGAUGCUUAUCUUGCAGAAAUUGCAACCGAUCCUUACUUAAGCAUGCAGAAAUUUGUUGGUUUGAUUGAGAUACUACCUGAGUAUGCUCGUGUAAUUGAUGAUGGCCUUUAUAGAGCUGUGGAUAUUUAUCUCAAGGCUCAUCCAGCUCUAACAGAACAAGAAUGCAAGAAGAUUUGCAAGUUUAUAGAUUGUCAGAAACUGUCUCAAGAAGCAUGCAACCAUGCUGCACAGAAUGAUAGACUUCCACUGCAGAUGGUGGUGCAAGUCCUGUACUGCGAGCAACUACGGUUGAAGAAUGCAGUGUCAGGGAGUUCAGGAGAUGGUCUAUUGUCACAGAGAAUAAGCAGUGGCAUUCCAAGUGCUGCUAUGUCCCCAAGAGAUAACUACGCUUCUCUGCGAAGAGAGAACCGGGAGCUGAAGCUUGAGAUUUCAAGGAUGAGGGUGAGGCUAAGUGAGUUAGAGAAGGAGCAGAUGUUCAUGAAACAAGGCAUGAUUGAUAAAGCAGGAAAUGGAAGAACAUUCUUGACCUCCCUCUCCAAAGGGAUAGGGAGAAUUGGGAUUUUCAGCAGUCAAGGUGGCAGAAAGUGCCAAAAAUCAAGUAGGAAGUCUAGGGCUUCAGAGGGAAAAACUGGUAGGAGUAGGAAAUAUUCUGUCUCAUAGAUAUUCUUCUUCUGCAUAGUUGAGCCUUUUGCAGCAUCAUGUGCUCUAACCUUUCAGUUCAGGUGAUCACAAAGUGUAAAUAAGUUGGCCCCAAAUUUUUCUCUGCCUUUGAUAAUUAGUCUUGGCAGUUGAACUUGAAUGUCCUAACAUUUUCUCUUCCUCCUCCUUUUUCUCACUAAUAGUGCGUUUGUGAGUUGAGAUUUUGAAGAGAAAGAGAGGAUAGAGGAACUUGAUAUAACUCCAUUCUAUCAUUCAAACCGUUCUCUUCCCUUCCUUUCUCUCAACAGACAAACACACCUGAAGAGUAUGUUUAGUUGUAAGUAAAAAUGGAGUGGAAUUUUCAAGGAUGAACUCCAUGUGCAAUUUCACAUAUCAAAUUCAUCCAUGAAAAUUUUUACUCCAGUUUUACAAAUAUAUCCUAGGUAUGAUUUCAGCUGCUAAACUAGUGUCCUACACAGAUAAAUCACCAAGAGGAAGCUUCAUAAUCCACCAAAUUAAAAAUGCAAGAUGCUUAGAAUGAUCUGAUCUUAGGAUCAUAGACUUACUCCUUAGAUUGGCACACCAUUGGUUUAAGAUUUCAGACUACUAAAAUUGCAACAUGAAUACCAAGAAACCAUGUACCUUCUAAUGACAUUCAACCUUGUCUCUCGUCAGUUGAAUUUUUGGUUUUUCGAUGAGUAAUUUUUCCUUCAUGAAAAAUGCCCUGCUAACGUAAUAAUCAUAAGUAGAAGUUAUCUACCUUGUAAUGAUAAGGUAAUCAAGUAGCUCAACUAGUUAACCAUUGAUCAACUGUCAUUA